AUGGUUGCGGUGGCGAUGGUGGGGGUGGUGGUGAUGGUCAAGGUUGCGAUGGAUAAAGAAGGAAGGGUGGACAUUGGUGACAAGAUGGAGGUGGCAACGAGAAAAGAGCAUACGACGAAUGGAAUUAGUGGAUUGCCAGACGACAUCGUCACUGCCAUCCUGUCUCUUUUGACACUUAAGGAAGCUGCAAGUACUAGUGUUCUCUCUCGCAGAUGGAGAUAUUUAUGGAGAUAUAUAACUGGUAGUUUCAAUUUCGAUUCAAAGACAUUGCUAGCUCCUUCAGCAGAUGGUACUUCACUUGAAGAGCCUACUAAGUAUAGAAGUUGGGUGCACAAUACUUCUCCCUUUGAAGAGCCUACUAAGUAUGUAAGAUGGGUGAAUAAAGUCUUGGAAUUGCAUCUUGGCACCUUCAUAGAUGAAAUGAGGAUUUCUUUUUAUUUCCGUGGGCAAUUCCCUUGCGAUAUUGAUGAUUGGAUUAAGUUUGUAAUGGAAAAGGGUGUUCAAAGGUUUGAAUUGGAUGUGUUAGCUGGCACGUUACCGGGUCAGUGGCUUAAAUUUUACGAUUUCCCAAGCCUGGAAAGCUUCAAAUUCUCAUUUAGGACUUCAAACAGUCAUCAUGUGUCACGGACUAUUGGUUUCACAGAUGGUUUUUGCUCCCUAACCACCCUUCGUUUGGUUGGUGUUAAUAUCAUGGAGGAGGAAUUCCAUCCGUUUCCCAAGUAUUUUCGUGAACUAAAAAAUCUCAAGGAAGUGGAAUUGUUUGUCAUGAGAGAUUCUGGUGACAGCCUUCUCAGUUUAGUUUCUGUGAUUAAGGCGUCUCCUAAAUUGGCUAAGUUUACUGUUGAGAGUGAUAAGAACAAGAGAGGGAGAGGUGAAAGCAGACAGCUUCCAAUGCCAGUUAAAGCAACUGGGGACAGUUUCUGUAGGGAUACUGAAAAUAACCAAAUUGUGGUAGUGUUUCUUUGUGGAUUUCUUAUAUGGAUGAUUCCUGACGUUAUAUCCAGUAUUGAUGACCAUUGUUUUCCUAUUAUGCCCUUACUAGUUGUUUCUCCAUCUCUCAGUCUUAACAAUUCCGAACAAGCCUCAAAAUAUUUGUUCAAUUGUGCUAAUAAUGUAGUUUAUGUGGCUCACGAGUUGGGUGCUUUGGCUAUGAAUGCUAGAUUAAAGGAGGUUUAUGAGAACAAGUUUCCUGACAAGAUUAGAACUGUAGCACAAGAAGAUAUGAUUCUGAGUUCGAAUAGACAGGUAAGAGGGGGUGAUCAAAUUGCAGAAAUAAAUUCUGAAAAAGAGGCGACUAAAUGUCAUCAUCAAUGCCUUAAGGUGGUGGAAUUGGUUGGUUUUGAUGGGAGUAGCAGCAGUGAAGUUGAUCUUGUUUUGCACAUACUUGAGGUUGCCGCAUCACUGGAGAAGAUAAUUAUUGAUCCUCGUCCUGUGUUAGAUUGUAAAGAUCCACCGAAAAGAGCCAGGAAGAUAGAAGAGGCUAGAGAGCGUGCUAGGCAGCUAAAAACAAUAUUACCUGAGACCGUUGAAUUAGUGAUGAUUCUGAGUUCGAAUAGACAGGUAAGAGGGGGUGAUCAAAUUGCAAAUAUAAAUGCUGAAAAAGAGGCAACUAAAUGUCAUCAUCAAUGCCUUAAGGUGGUGGAAUUGGUUGGUUUUGAUGGGAGUAGCAGUAGCGAAGUGGAUCUUGUUUUGCACAUACUUGAGGUUGCCGUAUCAUUGGAGAAGAUAAUUAUUGAUCCUCGUCCUGUGUUAAAUUCUAUAAAUCCACUGAAAAGAGCUAAGAAAUUGAAGAUGCUAGAGAGUGUGCUAGACAGCUAA